UGUUUCCAUUACCUCGAGAAUCUUUUAAUUACAUACACGCUACUCGUGGAAUAAAUAUAUGAAUUCAGUCUGUUUAAAACAGCUGACUAUCAAUUACCCUAACUUUAGCUACAGUCGCUUGGAUAAAUAUACAUUUGUUAACAUUAACUAGCUUGACGUCGGUAGUUAGCUAUAUUGCUAGUACCACAAAACACUUCUGUUUAGCUAGCUAACAUUCUAGGUUAAGCAAUCGGGCUCAAACUAGACUAUAAUUUGCUGAGUAUUCGUUCAGUUUGCUUAUUAACUAGCUGACCAGUUAGGUAAAGAUUCGUUACUACCCAGCUACCACAAUGGAUACUUACCAUGUGUUGGAGAUGAUAGGAGAAGGGUCGUUUGGGCGUGUCUACAAAGGACGCAAGAAGUUCAGUGGCCAGGUUGUGGCCCUCAAGUUCAUUCCGAAGGUGGGCCGGUCAGAGAAGGAACUGCGUAGUCUGAAGAGAGAGAUUGACAUCAUGAGAGGACUGAGACAUCCCAACAUUGUUCUGUUACUAGACAGCUUUGAGACUGAGAGAGAGGUUGUUGUUGUGACGGAGUAUGCAGAAGGAGAGCUUUUUCAAAUUCUGGAGGAUGAUGGAAAUUUGCCUGAAACACAGGUGCGUGAGAUAGCUUGCCAGCUUGUCUCGGCCUUGUACUAUUUGCAUUCUCAUCGUAUACUUCAUCGGGAUAUGAAACCACAGAACAUACUUUUGGGAAAAGGUGGAGUCGUGAAGCUGUGUGAUUUUGGGUUUGCCCGUGCCAUGAGUGUUUCCACGCUCGUUCUGACCUCCAUCAAGGGCACUCCUCUCUACAUGUCUCCAGAACUGGUGGAGGAGAAGCCGUACGACCACACAGCUGACCUGUGGUCCCUGGGGUGCAUCCUCUAUGAGCUGCACACCGGAGCACCGCCGUUCUACACCAACUCCAUCUUUCAGCUGGUUCAGCUGAUUGUCAAAGAUCCAGUCAAGUGGCCAGAAACCAUGAGCCAGGCCUGCACGAAUUUCCUAAAAGGCUUGCUGACAAAAGACCCCCAGAAGAGACUGUCUUGGCCAGACCUCUUAGAGCAUCCAUUCGUAGCUGAUGGAGUUUUAGUUUUAUCAGACAGCAGCUCUGACAGCCCCCUGACUGUGAUUCCUAGCCUGGACCAGCAGGCUCUGAAACUGAAGCAGACCAAGGAGAAAGCAGUGCCCCGCUGUGGCGAGGGCAAGUUAUUGCGCAAAGCCAUGGAGCUGAGAGGCAAAGACAAGGCCAGCAAACAGGAAUUUGCAACAAGUACGCAUUUGGGCGGUGAAAAGGGAGAUCGUUCUGACAAGGCACUUCUGAGAACUGCUGCAGAUGGAAGUGUGCCUUCUGAGGAUUGGUCAGCAUCAUCCCCAAAUAUUGUGGAUAAAGAUGCAGUGAAACCAUCAGUCAUUCUGUCCCUCCCAAACCACCCACAGCUAUCUAAGACCCGGGAAGACAGGAUGGGUCCCAUCAGCAGAGAUUAUGCACAAGAGUUUCCCUCUGUGGAAAUUGGGCCCAGACAGGUCCUGAAGCAGCAGCCCCUGGCCCGCUGUAGUCUGGGUUCUGUUAGGCUCGAGAAUGAGGAUAUUGAUAGUGAUGAGGAGUGGAUGCAUUUGGUCCAGACCACAAACCCAGAGAAUCAGACCUCUGUAGGCUUGGAUCAAGCUGUCUUGGAUCGUCUCAGGGAGAGGUUACUUGCUUCCAGAGCUCAGCUAUUGGAUGGUGUGCUGGAAGGGGCGUGUCGAAUCCGUCAGCCUCUGAAAGUGCUUAGCAACCUGCUGGCUCGGAAAGUGGAUGCGGAGGAGUCCAUGAGUAUGGCCCUGAAAAUGGAACUGCCUCACUUCCUGUUUGACCUGAUUGAGGAAAUCAUGGAGAAUUCAGUUGUGAAGCAACCGUGGUGUGUAGCAGUACUGGGAGACGUGAUUUCAGCACUGCUACUCUACUGGGAAAGACAUUAUAAGUGGGAAGCAGCUGGAAAAAGUUUAGAAGAACGUGCCAAGACCUUACUCGGUAUUCUUUUCCACCUUGACAUGGCUCCUAUCGUACCUCAGGCUGCAUCUGUGCUGGCCCUGUUCGUUUACCGUGGAGUUUCUGUGGAUAUUUGUGCUGACAAAUUCAUAGCCGCAAUGGAGGCUGCUCUGCACAGUUCGGUGGAGAACCGUAUCUGUCUACCUGAAGGCUGGGGACUUUGGGAUGGCCUCCUGGCACUGCUCCUUCAGGCUGUUUCUGAGCGUGAAAAUUGCUCAGUCUCAGAGUUUCUGGAUUCUAGCCUCUGGCAGCUCCUCUGGUUCAGAGUUGGUGUUACAUUGGAGGAGAUGCCACCCAACAAGGAUUUUUUAUCACUCAGUGGUCUGCAAAUCUUUCUUUCCCUGGCUCUGUUUGUCUUCAUCAGACAGCCAUACAGCUGCGUUCCUCUGUUUUCCAAUAGUAACACAAAAUCCCUGCCUGCCCUAAGCCACCUCCUCACAGCUGAUUGUGCCUCAGAGAAGGAAAUGGCCACAGAAGAGACAUUAUCACACCCGUGGAGUGACCCAAGCCCAAACAGCCUAUCAAUGAUGAGCUGCCACCUGCUGUGCUUCCCAUUCGCCCUUGAGGUGCCUGAUGAAACAAUGGCGAAAAUCCUCCAAUCAUAUCACAGUUGUGACAUUGUCUCACGUCUGCAGCAGCUUGUACUGGUUCUCCCUCUCUGUCUGCUGGAGCUCCCCCUGUCUCUGCUCUGCCACCUCCUGCUCUACGACCCUGGGCGCUCGGUCCCUUGCUUCGCCUCCGCCACGGAGGCCUGCGGCUUCUUCCUGCCGCCCGGGGGACAGGACGACGACGGCGACAAGCCCCAGAGCACCAGCGAGCGGGGAGGCGGCGAGACUGGCCCGACGCCGGGCCUGACGCCGGGCCGGACGGCCAGCUCCCUCCUGGCCGCCUUCCUGCAGUCGGAGGCGCUGUCCGGCUCGGCGGUGGAGCUCCUCUCGCUGGUCUCCCAGACGGCCCGCUUCUCGCUCCUCCCGCCCUUUUCCGUCCUCUACGUGGACCCGUCCCUGCUGAGGUCGGCCCUUGCCCACCCAGACGACCGGGUGAGGGCCGCCGCCUGCAGCCUGCUGGGAAACGUCAACCCGCUGGUGCCCCGCUGCGACCCGCUGCUGCUGCCGCUCUUCCAGGACGCGAGCGGCCUGCUGCACGACCCCAGCCUGGCCGUGCGGAGGGCCGCCUGCCGGGCCGUGGGCAACUGGCUGGGGCUCGUGGCUCAAGCCUGCUCCCGCGACGGCUCUGAGCCCGCUAAAGAAGGCGGCGGUUGUUUUACUGUCGAAGGGAAGGUGAACGUGGAUAAGAAAAGGCCGUCCGCCGUGCCAGGCCGAGAGCAUCCGGCCGCACAGUCAAAGGCUUGCGGUAAGCAGGAGGUCGGUCGGUGGACGGAGUCUGCGCAGGAGGCGGCCCCGGUCCUGCUGCCCCUCCUCAGGGAUCCGGACCCUCUGAUUCGCCGACACUGCUGCGCUGCUCUGGGAAACAUGGCGGGCAUCAGAGGGGGAGGAGCCUCGCUGCUGCAGUGUGACGCCCCCAGCCUGCUCCUCCAGGUCGCCUGUGUGGACUCCCAGAAUGCCGUGCGGCAGGCAGCUCUCACCAGCCUCUGCCUCUUCAGUCAGCAGGAGCUACUGCGGCAGGCUCUGCUGUCUAUGGACGUUGAGGAGAAACUGCAACACAUUUCCCAGUACACAUCUUCAGCAUGUCAGUACAACAGACUGAUGAACAAACUCCGGCCCCAGUGAGCUCACAGCGGAGGCAAGCUCCUCAUUCAGUUGUCAGAUUAGAAGUGCUCAGAUGACCAUCUCUGACCUCCAUUCCAGGGGUAUUGGAGACACUAAUGCGUGGAUGACUAAGACACUCUGGACCAUGCAGUCCUACCGCCUUAUGUUUUGUAUUCAGAUGUGUGACAAGUUUAAACAGAUGUACAUUUUUUCCAAUGCGUACAACCCAUUGCCGAGAUUCACUAACUCAUUACAUUUUAUUAGUAUGCUAAAACAUGUCCUGCCUACUUUUUACUCUGAGACCAAUUACUUUGUGAUGAGAUUGGGCCUGAUAUGAUGGAACCGUUUUGUGAAAAUGUGGGAAGUGUUUUAUUGUAUUUAUAGGUUGAAACUCUGUGUUCUUAAGAAUAAACCGUUGUUUUCUCA